CAAAUUCGAUGCGUAUCAGUCGAAACAAACGAAAACAAGAUUUGCUCAACAUCGUGGCGGCCGCUGAACGAUUGCAUUCAACACGUAGUAUUUAUUUGAAUCAACGAAAAGUACCGUGCCUUCUAGCUUUAGAUUUUAAUACCGAAUUAACUCGCCAGACCGUACAAAAAUGUUGUUCAAAAUCAGGCAUGCUCUCGCAGGCGCACGUUACUUCUCCACAAGCCCCCGGCACGGUGCAAAAAAUGCUACGCAGCAAAUCAGCAAACUGUUGAUUGCCAAUCGAGGCGAAAUCGCCUGCCGAGUCAUGCGUACGGCCAAUCGCCUUGGCAUACAAACGGUGGCCGUCUUUUCCGACGCUGACGAACUCUCGCUGCACGUUAAAAUGGCCAACGAAGCGUUCAACAUUGGCCCGCCAGCAUCCCAGAGGUCGUACCUGCGAGGGGAGAAGAUUCUGGAGGUCGCGAAACGAGCCGGUUGUCAAGCGAUUCAUCCUGGCUAUGGGUUUCUGUCGGAAAAUGUGGAAUUUGCCGAACUAUGCCAGCAGGAGGGAAUGAUUUUCAUUGGGCCACCGGCCAGCGCUAUCCGUGAUAUGGGGAUAAAAAGCACCUCGAAGCACAUUAUGAGCGAAGCUGGAGUGCCUAUCAUCAAUGGGUAUCACGGGGAGGAUCAGUCUGAUGAGCGAUUGAUUCGGGAGGCUAGAACGAUUGGUUUUCCGCUGAUGAUCAAAGCGGUGCGAGGUGGUGGUGGAAAGGGUAUGAGAAUUGCCGAAUCGGAAGCCGAUUUCCUACCGGCUCUACAAUCGGCUCGUACCGAAUCUGAGAAAGCUUUCGGGGAUAAGUCGAUGCUACUGGAACGAUACGUUCGAUCACCUCGCCAUGUGGAAGUUCAGGUUUUCGCCGACCACUACGGGAAUGCCGUUUAUCUGUAUGAGCGAGAUUGUUCCGUUCAGCGUCGCCAUCAGAAAAUCAUCGAGGAAGCCCCAGCACCGGGCCUCUCGGAAGAGCUACGUGUCCAGCUGGGAGAGGCCGCUGUACGCGCAGCCAAAGCCGUGAAUUACGUCGGCGCCGGUACGGUAGAAUUUAUCCUGGACAAGGAAGACCUCUCCUUCCAUUUCAUGGAAAUGAACACGCGUUUACAGGUGGAGCACCCCAUAACGGAGAUGAUCACCGGUACAGAUUUAGUUGAAUGGCAGAUCAAGGUAGCUUCCGGGGAGCAAUUACCUCUGACGCAAGAACAGAUCCACAAAAAAGGACACGCUUUUGAGGCAAGAAUUUACGCCGAAGACCCCGCUGGUGGAUUUCUUCCAGGAGCGGGUCCUUUAAACUACCUCUCGACACCAGAACCAUCCAACACAACACGGGUGGAAACGGGGGUUCGACAGGGAGACGAGGUGUCAAUUCAUUACGAUCCUAUGAUCGCAAAGCUUGUGGUUUGGGGAGAGAAUCGCUCGAGUGCCUUGCAGCUGUUGGUCGAACAACUGCGCAACUAUCAGAUCGCCGGUCUUCAAACGAAUAUCAAUUUUCUGAUCGACCUAGCCAGUCAUGGUCACUUCCGGGCGGCGGAUGUUCAUACUGGGUUUAUUGAACAACACAUGGCAACGUUGUUUCCGGCAAAAACUGUGUCCAGUGAGAAAGUAGCACAAAUGGCGGUGGCACAAGUUUUGAACGAAAUUGGUUCCACUCGCAGAUUGCUGAACCACUUGAAUCCCUUCGAUGUGGAACUAGACUUUCGGCCGAAUUACAUUCCAGCGAGAAGUUUCAAGCUUAAAAUAGGUGAAAAAGUGCAUCUGGUGGAGAUUAAAUCGAUGGGAGAUGAUUUCCAAGUAAAGGUUGACGCCGGGGAAUGGUUACAAAUCAGUGCGAAUAGGAAGCUGCAUGGAAAUCGCUUCCUGCUGCAAACCAAUAUCAAUGGCCAUGUUUCAACCUUCAAUACCGUGAUCGAGAACGGAUGCAUUGAUAUGUUUGACGACAACGGACUAACAUCUGCCGAGCUGGUUCAACCGGAGUUCCUCAAGGCGGAGAGUGCUUUCGACCAGGCGAACGUAAGCAGCGUUACGGCACCGAUGCCCGGAGUAUUGGACAAAGUGUUCGUCAAGGCGGGUGACGCGGUGAAAGCUGGAACGCCACUGGCGGUGUUGAUCGCCAUGAAAAUGGAACAUGUGCUCAAGGCGGCCAAAGAUGGAAUCGUGAAGGCGGUCCCCAACGUUGAAGGGACAAAUGUGAAGAAGGGAGCCGUUUUGAUUGCAUUCGAAUGAAAUUUCAUCACUGAAACUGUGUACCGUUCACUUUACCAGUGUUGCAUUUAUGAAUUUUAAACAAUCGUGCAUUUAUUGAUGAUAUUUUUUACAGUUAUAUUUGAAUUUAUAGAUAUUUAUAUUUCCGGUAUUGGUGAUAAGCGCACAGCGUUAAAUUUUAUUAUUGAAUAAUAAAAUGUAAUUCAAAUCACGAAA